UGUGUUAGGAGGGCGCGUAAAGUGGUAAUGUUUGAAUGUUGUUUGCGUUUUACUAUCUGAUGUUGUUAGGAUUAUUAAACAUCUCAGGGGAUUGAAUCGACAGUUAUGAAAAGAUCAGGGAAGUCAUGCAGAAUAAACCAGGGCACAGCAAAUGGUAUAUGUGACCCUAGACCUCAAGUAAAUGAACAAGGUGGUAGAAAUACCCCACAAAUUAAAAGAGAAGAGAUCUUCAUCUCACAGGAUUGUGAGAGUAACCUCUCUGGUGAAGAUAAUGCCUCUGGAUCAAGUGUGUCAGAAGAAGCUGAGUGUCGCACUUUGGUUUGUGAAGACUGUGGGAAAAAAUUUUCACAAAGACACCUUCUUAGUCGACACAAGAGAGAAGUACACCGUCCAAAUCUUAACCUUGUAUGUAAGGAAUGUGGCAAAAAAAGCAGCAGUAGUGGGGGACUGUAUCAUCACAUGAAAUCUCAUCUACCACCAGCUUAUGAAUGUGCAGAAUGUAGUAGAAAAUUUGAUAGGAAAAAGACACUUGAAUCACAUUGGCACAGAAUACAUGGUGACAGUACCCAAAAUCAAAAAGAAGUUCAUGUGAGACCUAAAUCACCUAAGUGCAAUUCCGGUACUCAUCAGGUACUUUUGAAAUGCUGUGAUUGCGAUAAGACAUAUAUGUCAGCAACAGGCCUAAGUAGACAUCGUGCUACGGUUCACUUACAAAAAUUUCCACAUACUUGUAUCACAUGUGGGCAAGCCUUUACACAGAAAUCAUCCUUGUUGCGUCACCAAAAAGUACACACUAAAGUACGUCCAUUCCAGUGUGGAUAUUGUGUUGCAGCCUUCAAAGAUAAAUGGCAUCUUACACAGCAUGAAAGGAUACACGCUGGUGCUGAGCCGUAUGUAUGUAGCAUUUGUGAUAAAUCAUUCAGACUUAAGACUGUACUAAGGGAACAUAUUCAUGAAGAACAUGGUCCUUCCGAAAGAAAGUGUCCUGAAUGCAGUCAUACUUGCAAGACAUUUGAUGCACUUGCUUCUCACUGGAAACAAAAACAUGCCUCUGGGUGGGUCCAUAAGAAUUCUAGCGAAGGUCAUAGUUCAGUGCAUAAUAAUGAAGAAAUUCCCAGUUUAUCCAUAGAAUGGAGAAAUAAACAUGCCAUUAAGUGGGCAAAUCCAAAAACUCGCAUAAAACGGCAAAGAAUCAAUAUUGCUCUAUUAGAAGCGUUGGCAGAUUUAUCAUCACUUACAGAAUAUGAGGAUAGAGUGAACAGUGACAGUGAAGAAUUAGCUGUGUGUAAUAACAAAUGUAUUUCACAAAUGGGAUCACUUUCUCAAGAUAUCCCUGGAAAUUACUCUUCUCUGGAUUUAUCAUCUUUGGCCAGCAGAUCAGAUGAGGAACUGCAUGUGGCUUCAACAGAUACGGUGAAAGUAGAAAUAAAUUAAAAGGAGACUGUGCAUGUUUCUGGUGGGCACUGUAAAACGUAAAACAUGGACACUCGUGCAUGUUUCUGGUGGGCACUGUAAAAUGAAAAACAUGGAUGCUCCAAAGGCAAAGAAAAAUAUGGUACUUAAACAGAAUGAAUUAGAUAACAUGUCAAGUAUUCCUGAAGUAUCCAGCGUGAGAUACAACACAAGUGGAAAAAAAAUUAACUGGGAAAAGAGCCAUGAACAUGGAAAAUAAAACUGUUUCAGAAGAAUAUACAAAUCAGCAGCAAAAAAAGAAAAAGAAAAGGGAACAUAGCACAGGCUUGGAGAAGUUGAAGUCUGCCAUUCUCACGAAAGUACUGCAUGAGACACUCAUUAACAGCUUGCCUACAGAAGAAAUUAUAUUGCACAACUGCACAGAAACUAGUGAAAAAGCACCAUUAAGAGAGGAAUAAACACAAUAACAACUGAUAGGUACUGGAAAAGUAGCAGUACGGAUGCAAAGUAUCAAGAAAUAAAAGAAUUACCAACUGGUUCAAAUAAACUUGGACUUAUGUGAAGCACAUUACUGUAUAAAUUACUUUAUCUUCUUAUGAUUAAGAGAGGAGAGGGUAGUGAAACAGGUCCCUUUUGAAAGUCAAACUGUGACAAAGAAUAUGUACCUGACUCAAAAUAACAAAGUUUUUGGCAGUUAGUUGGUUAUGGGACACCUACCAUAGCAACAACCACUCAGAAAAUGAGCUUGGUCAUGCCUUCCAUUCUGUUGACUGCUGUUGUAUUGCUCUGCUAAGCAGAAGUGAAGAGAAAAGUGAUAAGACUAUUGCCAUCCUCCUGAAAAAACAAUGUACUGCACAUUAACCCGCAGUGUGUGAUUGUGUCUGGAAUGAAAGGCCUAGCUAUUAAUGCCGCAGACAUAUUGUGUGCUCGGACAAAUGUUAACCCUUUUGCAGGUGCU